AAUAUGCUCAAUCUGUGGAUCAAUCUGUGCACGGGAAAGAGAAGCAUGUAUCAGUAGUUGAUGGAGCAAGCCCAAGCGGAAGUUUUUUUCUCAUCUGAAUGAUCAUUUUACACGCUAACGUGAUGACGGUGUUGCUGUCGUCACUACUACAUCUCUGGCUACCUUUAGACAGAAAUAAUAAGGCUGCCUGGCUACGGGCACAAUAACGGAGGCGCGUUCCUGAGCAAUAAUAAAACCGUUCGCACUCGUUGCUCCUUUUCUGCUAAAUAGAGCACAUCUAUAUAAAAGAACGCAACUUGUUUUGUCAGAAGAUAGUUAGCAUUCAAACUUUCAACCGUUAGGGGAAGGAUAUUUCGGUUUAGCCUGUGAUAAGAAAAUAAUAAUUUAACACAAUGAAUGGACACACUCUGAUCUUCGCCAUUCUGUGUGCUGGUGCUUCCGCACAAAUCUUUUUGAGUCAACCUAUUCCUCUGGCUCGGCAAGAGGCUUCACUUGCCCACCCGGCGGUGGUAGAAAACGCAAUCAACGAGGCCCACUAUCCUUCGGAGUACAAAAAUAGGGUAUACAAUAAUCCACACGUUGCUGAAGCACUCGCCAAAGAAUCCUGGUUCAGCGAUAAGGAAAUGCCCGUUUUUGAUCGGGCCGCUGAUAAAAUUCCACGCGACCGUAUCGCAAAAAUCUUUAAGGAUGCUGGAUUUGUACGCAGGCGCUAGAGUGUGAAAAUGAUGAAAUUUGUAGCCGAUGUGAUGUGAUGUUGCAAUAGUUGUUAUUAUUUUUCUUGUAAAUAUUAGAGUAUAUACUAUUCCUUCUAUUAGUAUGCUAAGAUGUGCCCAAGAUGUAGUGUUGCAUGAUUAUUUAUUUUGUAAAUAUACAUGAUUAAGUUA